ACUGCCAUCUGGAGUGGUCUCACAUUCUUUACCGCCUCAUUGCAUAUUGAGACACACAAGAUAUGGGUCUCAUUGAGAAGCCUAGUGAUCCGCAUGGAUUGACGCUUGAGGCAUGGGCUCAAGGCCUAAUGUUCGGCAGUUUAAUGACCAUGGCAUGCAUCACGAUCGCAAAUAUGCGAAAAAGAGUCGUCCUCCACCAUCUCAUUCUUAUAGAGUUGAUGUUCGGUCUCUUCCAAGGAACAUUCAUCUUCCCCGAUCCACCGUACUAUGGAUGGUACGAAUCUGUAGGAGCCUUGUUCCUCAACAUCAGUUGGAGCUUGCACAAUGUCAUCUCAUGGAUGAAGAACAAGCCCUUUCUGAGCCGUAAGAUGUCCAUGAUCUACAUCGGCACCGUCAUCCUGGUACAGCCUUACUGGGUGGCCGAGAUUACGGCAAACUUUCUCUACUUUAACAACAUCAAUCAUAAGGUGUUCGAACACCUUCGGCCUUUUGAGGCAUUAUUCAGGGACCCCUGGUGGAUAUUUACUAUCCUCAACCUGGUCUACAACAUCAAGAAACGCUACGACUUUGGCUUCGUCGAGCUCGUUCGCAUCUCCCCUCGCUUCGGUGUUCUUCUCGUCGUGAUGACGCUAUCGGUCCUCUUCCUCUUCGUCGACAUCCUCAGUGUUACACACGUUAUCCCCAGUAAAGGUUUACCUGAUGGAAUCAAUCCCUUUUGGAAGCUCAGCUUCGUCUUCAAGUGUAUGACAGACACUGUCGUUCUGGACGACUUCAAAACAGCUCUAGACAAGAUGAAGGACUACAGGCUCAGGAGAGUAACAAGCUAUGCGGACAGAUAUGACAAUGCUGAACGAGGAUCCACGGAGCCAAUCACAGUCCGCACGACCGUCACUCAGCAUGAGCAUUUUGAGAGCAGAGUCAGAAACUACGACGACAGCAGCGUGAAUGGAAAAGAUUGGGCGAAUGGGCACAUAGAGCAAGUAGAGCUUGAAGAGGUGACGCCGCCGCCAACAGUUCGAACACACAUUGGUUAGAUAAUCACCUUGUUCAUAUUUCACAUGUACAUAUACGAGAGACGGUUCAGAGCCGUCCAUCAUUGAUGCUUGGGUAG